AUGGCUAUAUGGGAGUCACCCGACACCAUGGACGACUAUAUGAGAAUGUUCGAAAGAACCGCAAGGGAGACAUGGAAAGGGGAAUACACAAGUGAUCAUCACGGAUCACCUUCAUUGGUUUUAGAGGCUGUUGCUUCUCAAGAUUUAUGGAUUUGGCAUGCAUUUUUUGGGGUUGCUGGUUCCAACAACGACAUCAACGUUCUUGAUCAGUUGUCAAUAUUCGAAGAUCUUUUGAAUGGAAAGGACUCGGAUGCUCCUUUCACGAUGAAUGGAAACGAAUACAAAUAUGGGUAUUACCUUACAGAUGGAUUAUAUCCUCAGUAUUCCACAUUCGUGAAGGAAUUCCGCCACCCGGUUGAAGAACGAGAAAUUUUUUUAAAGAGAAGACAAGAAAGAGCACAUAAGGAUGUGGAACGUACUUUUGGAGUGUUGAGGCAAAGUGUAGAAGAUAAAUGGCGAAAUAUUGCACACUAUAUUCCAACUGAGCCCAGACACGUUCAGUUUCAACCAGGAACAGCAGAGUAUUUGCAUCGAGUUGUUGACAUUCAGGACGCAAAUAAACACAGACAAUUUCGAGAAGACUUGGCAGAUUAUGUCUUCUAUGGUAACAAUAACGAUAACGAAUAG